UUCAGUUAACUGAGGUGUCAUUGUCAAACAAGUGUGGUUCAGCAAACAAGUGACUAACACUGUUGGAGAUGACGGGUGUCCACGCUUAUGUCUUGCCUAACACUAUCCAACGCAUUGAACAAGAGCAAGAAUCCUCGGGUUCACAAUGUAGAUUCAGUGGGAGGUACUACGGUUAUCACCUGUAGCUUGAGAAUAGGUGCAUCCACACUUGUGCGAUUCCCGUGUACUUCGAUACCGAACCACCUGUUCCUUUCCCGACACAUUCCCUGAUCCAAGGCCACCAUUGGCUGUUCGCCUAUGAGAAGUCCGCUUCACCUGAAGGGCACACACGGGCUUGGGGGGGCCUCGGUAGAUUCUGUUCUCCUGUCAUUAAAUGACUCCGCGCAUUUUUCAAAACCGAGUUUAUAUCCCUUUAAGAGGCCAGGCUUGGGAGCUACGCAGCUGUCUGUAUCUGGAUCGUUUGGCGGUGUCGCCCACAAACCCCGCAGCGUCCGUCGCUGCGCUGUUGGAAGACCGCUGGAGCCCGGGCUGCCUGGGAUUGACGAGCCAUCGCCGCGGUCCGAGAGUGAGGCCGUCUCCAUGUCCGCCCCCGCCAGCAGGAGAUCUUCGGCUGGAUCGCGCAGAUUCAACCCCCUGAAGGCUCUGCAGCCGAAACGCCGCUUGCAGCAAAUGUUGUCUUCCCCUUCAGCUUUUGACUAUUGCAGGUUCAUAGAGCUAGACUACAUUCCUAUGGAGACAGGGCUUUUGGUUUCAAUGCGCCAAAGUCGUGGAAUACUUUCCUCGUCACAGCUGGAGCUUCAGAAUCGACGCCCGGCCUCCCAGGUCAGCGUUCGGGACGCCUACGGCACCUCCUCUCUGAGCAGCAGCAGCAACUCCGGCUCGUGCAAAGGCAGCGAUGGCAGCCCCACCCCCAGAAGACAUGUCAAGUACGCGUCCUGCACUGACAACCACGGAAUCAAGCCCCCCACCCCGGAGCAGUACCUCACCCCCCUGCAGCAGAAGGAGGUCUGCAUCCGGCACCUGCGGGCCCGGCUGAAGGAGACCCUGGACAAGCUGCAGGACCGGGACACCGAGAUCGAGGAGCUGAAGACCCAGCUGGCGAGGAUGCAGGAGGACUGGAUAGAGGAGGAGUGCCACCGCGUGGAGGCCCAGCUGGCUCUGAAGGAAGCCCGCAAGGAGAUCAAGCAGCUGAAGCAGGUCAUCGACACGGUCAGGAGCAACCUGACGGAGAAGGACAAGGGGGUGCAGAAGUACUUCGUGGACAUCAACAUCCAGAACAAGAAGCUGGAGACCCUUCUGCACAGCAUGGAGCUGGCCCAGAACGGGUCCCCCAAGGAGGAGGCGAUGGGCGGCCUGAUCUCGGAGUCUGCGGGGGGCUCGCCCGCCCGCUCGCUCACCCGCAGCUCCACCUACACCAAGCUGAGUGACCAGGCGGCGCCCGAGAAGAACGCCAACGACAUCCCCAGUUUCAACGGGGAGGAGACCUUGGACAGCGGCUUUGCGGGCGGGGAGGACAGCGCCAGCAGGACGGACCUCCUGGAGCCGGGCUUUUUCUUGGAGGACGCUUCCCUGCUCACGUCCUGCACAGCAGCCUCCCGGCUGCACCACAGCUCCACCUACGAGAAGCUGGUGAGCGGCCAGAGCAGCGUUGAGAUGAGCAGCAACAACGGCCACCCCCACCACCUCCUCUUCCAGGACCUCAAGGAACAAGCCAUCCAGACGGACUUCGUCCAGUACAACCCGGACCUGGACACCAUCGUGGAGAAGGUGAUGAAGUCGCAGGCCUGCAGUCCCACCUCCACCUGGAUCUCCGAAGACGCCGAGGACAUGGACACCACUCAUGUGGACCACAGCCUGGCGCCGAUCUCUUCUUUCAGCUGUGCCGUGGACCUCACCUCCUCCCACCCCAGCACGUCUGUGGUGGUGACUGGCCCUAGUGGGGAGGCAGCCACCCCCCAAACCAGCCAGCCCACCAGCGCCAAGGAGCAGCAGACGGCCGCAUACAGCGUGGAGGUGGUGGAGGUAGGCGAGGAGGAGGAGGGGGGGGAGGAGGAGGACAGUGGAGGGGCCUCGGAGGACCGCAGCCCUCAGAAGAGCUACUGGAGCCGCCACUUCCUGGUGGACCUGCUGGCCGUGGCCGUGCCCAUCGUGCCCACUGUGGCUUGGCUGUGCCGGGGCCAUCGGCGGCAGGGCCAGCCGGUCUACAACAUCAGCUCCCUGCUGCGGGGCUGCUGCACGGUGGCUCUGCACUCCAUUCGUAAAAUGAGCGGGGGCCAGCCCGUUCACAGGAGCUCCCAGAUCUAAGCCGAGCGACGCCCUCCCUUGCCUCCCUUCCUCCCACCGNCCCCCCCCCUCCACAUUUGCACUGAGACACCGGGACUGACAACGGGCCUUGUGCUUUGACACUGAUUGUAUCUCAGCCCGGUGCAAAGGGAGCCGGAUCUGCUUGGAGGUCAGGUUGGUGAUAUAGCAAAGGGCAAUGGGUCUGGUUGCUGCCCCACUGUCUGGCAGUCACUGGGCAGCGUAGAAUGUGGGCGUCUUUGCCUACAGAACCCAUCUUCCAGAGUCACAGGCAGUGUAUGUUCACACUGUGCAGUAGUAGUAUUUUAAGUAUCGGGAGACAUGAAUGGUCAAUCUUCUAAAUCUGUGGUACCAGCCCGGGUCUUUGAGGGUCAGGAGUGUCUGCAGGUUUUCAUCCCAGCUCAGGUUUCAACGACCUAAACUGAUUAUUGGCUUAACUAGAGGAAUGUAACAGCUUCUCUCCCAACUCUUUAGGUUGCAUUAGAAAGACCCAGAAAACCUGCAGAGACACCUGCCCUCCUGGACCAGGACUGAACUCCCCUGACCCAGACCAGAAUUCCUUUCCAUUUUCUGUAAAGAAAAUGUGUGUAUAGGUAGAUUCGCUAUGGAUUAUGGCUGAAGUACAAAAAGGUGGUUCUUCUGAACUUUAUCUAUGCAUGGUCCCUGGUGAUUGAAAUCUUUCUAGACUUAAAGAUUUUAAAUCAGGGGUAUGUCCUCGCCGUCUUAGAGAGAACCGCAUGCUAGUAGGUUUUAUAGGUAACUAUCACACAAGCAAUUCCAGAAGUUAAUUUGGAUCAAGUGGUUCAGAAAAGUGAAUGUCCCUCAUAUACAAGGGAUGAGAAUUGUCUUAAUUCAGUAGGUUUACCUGCUGAAAUAUCUGGCAGUUUCUUUAGGAGUAGGAGAUUUUGGUGACCUUUAAGACUUACUGGACUGGAGCUCCCAGGACCACAUGCGGACAAACCCUGUCAUGUGAUUUGCUGCUAUGGAAACCCAGUUCAGGUGCAACGGAUCAUGCAGUCCCUGCUGCAGCACUGAGACUGAAGUAGCACAUUCAUCCGUACCACCGUAAGAGAAGACAUUUUUGGCUGAUCCAGUAUGAAGUGCUUUGAUGCCAUUAAUAUGGCCCCCUUUCAUCAAGAUCUUAGAUCUUGGUUUCUCUACAAAGCACUUCUGGAAAUCUGUGGUCUACUGAAAGGGCUGGAAGGCAUGUGUAAUCAUACACAGAGUAUAUUGAUGGGCAUCGGAUUUGGGACCGAUACCAGCAGCUGGUAUGCGGCAUUGUUUAUGCACCCACCUAGUCAAACAGCGAGUGUUUUGUAUUUGGUUUCUAGUGGGAGAAGUUCUCUUUCUUGCACGGUGAGCUAUGUGUGCAUUUAAUGCCAGGAAAUCUUUAUGACCUUUUGUUGUGCCUAAUAUCUACAGGGAAUGAGAGGUAAACAAAGAAUGGUAUGGAGGUUUUGUGAAAGUUGGCAGGAUGUUAAUUAAACAAUAAAUGUGCCUAUUUAUUGUUGCUUUUAUCCUAGAAGACAGGUCUACAGGGGUCCGAACAGACAAUGUUUCUGCUGCUCUGUGAACAGAGUGGACAGAGAGCUAAUAAGGGAAGGCUUUGUGAUCAGAUAGAUGUCCAUGACAGCUUGCAGGGUAGCAGAAACGUGUGGCAUGUCUGAAAUAAAUACAUCAGGCCUGUAACCACAUUCCCUGCCAGAGUUCGCAGUGUUGUCAUGGUACUUUGCUAACUGAAGAGGUAGAGGAAGACUGCUGAGGAACAUAAACUUACUGCUCUGUUUGCAGGAUUAAUACACACUUUUACUCACUUUCAGGGGAGGUAGAGGGAGCACACAGGAUUGUAUCAGUUGUAAUUUGUCAAGAAAUGGAAAUGUGAUCACUCGACACAAAUCUGCUGAGAGUCUCCAGUAGCUGAUCUUCCACAGCUCUCCGUUAACACCUCAUUGAUAGUGUCACAUUGCGGUUUCAUCAGAUAUCGCUGUGGAGCAGCACACAGCUCGCUACCUGUCCCAGUAACACUCUUGUCAAUAGGCCGAAUCAAUUAGGGAUACAAGUAUGAGUUCAGAGGGGAUGCUAAAAUCUCCUUUUAAAGGAAUCAGUCCUGUUCCUCUUUUAUUGGUCAUGUUAAGAGAUGCUGUGGUUAGCUGUUGCUCUUUGCUAUAUCUGUUUAAUCUUUAAAAAAACGAACCACUUUUUCUUUUAGCACUGUUGCUUGUUUGCUCUUGUUUUGUUUGUGUAAUAUAUCACGUUUUACGGAGCAGGCUUCCCCAGGAAAGGUAAUCCAACUUUACAGCAGGAAAAACCAGCACCAGUUGAUUAUUAAAUUUCCAAAUCGAAGAGGAUAAAAUAUACUAAAAUGUGUGUCAUUUAUAGUUUUGAAAUGCCAAAUAUUGUUCUUCAAAACCUGUCCUUUUUAUUUGCACUGUAAAAUCACUUUAUGAAAUUAUUACUUGAAAUUUAGAUUUGCUUUGCAUGUCUCUUGAUGGAUGUCUCCCCUAGAUUCCUAGGGGCGGUUAUUUUUAAAUAUGUAAAUGAGUUCCAGGUGAAGAGUUAACCAAUUCAUAUACUGUAAAACAGUGGUGUAGAAUUAAUAUUACAAACCGAUGAGAUUGAUUAAUUUAUUUUGUAGCUGUUAUUGCACAGAAUAUUUAAUCUGAGCUAUGUGUGGUUUGUCUCAAAUUGAGGAGCUGUCCUUGACAGAGCUAUCCUCUCUAAACACAAACAUAGUUGCCUUUUGUCACUUUUUUUUUUCCGAAACUUGUGCAACAUUAGCUUUGACGCUUGACAAUCCUCUGUGCUUUAGCUUUGCGAUUUUUCUGGGCGUGACUGGCUGUUUUGAUGUCUGUUCGGAGUGUGCUCCAUCGCCUCAACCAAUGUCACAAUAAAGAGUUACUGGGAAGGAAGGUGCCGCUCGUCAUUGUAAAAAAAAUUCUUGCACGAAAAUGCUUUAGGUUUUUGCAUCCAGGAGUAUUCUAGACAAAAAAGGUUUUCUUUAAUGAAGGUUUAUACUGUUACAACCGUGUGCAUUCCCAAUUUUCUAAGCAUACGUUUUGUACAAAAUGUGUUUAAAAGCCAUAUUCAUGACCAGGGCAUUAAUUUUUUUCUGUAUCAAUUAAACAAUUUACAGACAUGAACGCAGUCAUUGUCUAGGAGUGAUGAGCACGGCAGUCACUCUCCUUCCUAGGCCCACUGCUCAAGCCAAACAGGAAUUAUGGACACUUUCCAAAGCCUGGCAACCUGCUUGAGAAGGAGAAGGAGUUCAUAGUGACUCAUUGCACCAGUUUAUUAAAGUACAGUGUAAAACUGUAAAGAAAACCCCAAACUGGAUUACACACGAGGUCUAGUGGGAGGAAAAAAAAAGCUCAGGCAGAUUUUAAGGUGUGCCCAGGCCUUGAUGUUCCCUUUCUGUCAGCAGGUGGCACCACAGGCAAGCUGGAAUACUGCUGCUGAGCAUCGAGGGUAAGAUAUGAUGCAUCUUCAUCCGUCAAUAGAGACAUAGCUCAUAUCUGCGAUGUAUGUAUCAGCUUUCAGGUUUGAAAAAAUUGGAAAUGCAGCAGGGGCAACAGACUUUUUAUGACUGUGAAAUUAUUGUAUAAAAUCUUAGCAAUUACCCAACACAUUGCCCACUGAACAAAAACAGGAGAAUUCUUUCAAACCCUGGGAAAUCACGCUGUUUUUUUUAUCAGCUCUGAGAUUUUGCUGUGUCCUCCGGCCAGCUGGCCAUGUUAAGCACUUGAAAGACGAGUGUUAGUCAGACACAGGCUCUUCAGGUACAUGUAUUUCACUCUGGCUAGGUGCCUUUAGAAUUUAAGAUUGUACGUUUUUUUUGCUUUACUCGUCUUUAGCAACGGCAUUCUUCGAUUCAGACAGUCUGUGUGGCAGAAUUUAGCCACGGCGAGUCAAAGCUUUUCCAGUGGGACAGGGCUAGAAGUGUGAGGACCGGGAAUUAAGUUUUCGUUUUCAGGAAGGCUUGCUACCCUGAAUGUGUCAGAAUCUGAGCACCGAAUUGAAGGCUUGUGCACGUUACCAGGGGUGAAAGUGACUCGUUUUUCACAAGUAACUGGGAGUUGGUAUCAAGUGUGUGGUGGGUAUGGAUAGAUUUAAAUUAACCUGUACAGCACAAUACUUUUUAUAUUCCAAACAAAGACCAUGUCCUGUCCUGGGUGAGUUUUGUUUUGAGAUUACAAUCAUUCACAGUAGAGAAGUUACACUUUCCAAAUGUUUUCUAGAUGCGAACUAACAAGACGGGGGAAUGCUGAAUCGCAAAUAGGGGUGAUCUCGGAACUGUUAGCAUUCACAUUAGGCUAGGAUAUAAAUUGUCUUGUCUUUCUAUGAGUGUUGUUGACAUUCUGUGACAGUGGUGGUUAAUUUUUCUGGUAUCCUUCCCAAUACCAUGUUCCAGCAGCCCCCCCUCCCCAUCAACUCCUAAAAAACUCACAAAUUACGUAGUCCACGCUCUCUAGCAAUCUGACUAUUUCUCAAACAUUAUUCAUUGUGCCACCAAAUAAUUAACGUAGCAUGGGAAACUCAUUUUUUCCCCUGCUAUUUCCACGGUAAGGGGUCAUGGUUUGCUGUACUGAAGGUUGAGAAAGGGAAUUAAUUGUUUCUAACUGUUGGCCUUAAGUCUCUUACCUGUGAAGUGGGGGGGGUUUGUUCUGUUCAGUGUGACGUGCAGACGUGUGAUCUGUUCUGUUUGGUGGAAGGGGGGUGCUCUCUGCCUUGGUCAGUCAUGUUGUACCUCUGCACGUACAGUAUGUAUGUGUUUAUGCGUGUUUCUGAACAUGUCCAAGCUAAACUUUUAAAUCACUGGCUGUGUCUGUGAAUACCUUUGUAUCAGCUAUGUGGAAACACAUAUUGGAGCUAAUGUCUGUAAAAAUAAAAAUAUGGCAGCAAUAUUCAUCUGUACAGACAUCUCCAUUCAUUUUGUACCAUAGUCACUUCACCACACUAUAUAAUAAAAGAACCCAAAGCCUAUCUAUAUUAAACAGCAUGAAAAUAUGGGUGUCCUGUAUUUUCUAAUUUGCUCAUGUGUACUCAAAAGCUGAUCAAUAAAUGAUUAAAUAUUAA